CUACAGAUCUCUUCCAUAUAUUUACCUGACUAGAAAAGAAGAUAUCUUGCUUCUGUCUAGACGAAGUGCGUCUGGCAGUUUAUACGUGAGAUCAUACUUGUAGAUGUGCAAGCACAUGUCAUUCCCUGUGCUACGAUGGCCUGUGGGGCCUCAAGGUAUAUUACUAGUGUUAUUUUUUCUGCCGUAUGCAACGAAUGGAGGAAAAAUGUCUCAAGCGCCAGGUGUUGUUUAUCCGCAUCUCAUCGAAAGCCGCAGUGACGAGGUUAGCAAGGUCAUAAGAAUAGCUGAAAACAUCACGCUGCACCUGAAGAAAAGCUCGCUGUUAGGAAAAGAGUUUUUGCUGAGGACUUACCAAGGUGACGUUAUGGAACAUAACUAUCUUGACGGUGAAAUACUAGAAGAAAAUCUUUACCACGACACUCAGUCAUUUGCGUCAGUAAUUGUAUCAGACGACGAUGGGCUGAAAGUGGAAGGUAUUAUAAGCCCACAUCAAGGCAUAAAACCAUUGUACUCACGAGAAAGAAUGAGACAAAGAAAUGUUCCUCAUGUUGUCUAUGCACUUGCCUCCGAAAGGUUUCAAGAGGACACAGAAAAAUUCAGCCGACCUGUGAGUUCUUACGUAUCUCAGAGGCAUAAUGUGCAACAACGCCUACCGCGCAAGGUGUAUUUAGAACUCUUAAUAAUUGUCGACAGCUACUUUCGGAAGCAGUUUGAUUCGAAGGAUGCACUGUUGACAUAUCUGUUGAUUUCAAUGAACUCUGUGAACAUGCGGUACCUCACCGUAUCAGAUCCGGAAGUUGGGAUUAUACUUCGUGCAGUCGAAGUUUGUAACCACCAGGUGGAAAAUAAUUUCCUUGUCCGACUUGGACGGAACCACGUAGACGGCUAUGAUACUCUCCUUAAACUACAAAAUUACGUCAAAACAAAUAUGGAUAAGUACAAGGUCUAUGAUGCGGUAUACCUAAUAACAGGACUUGACAUGGGCUACGAGUGGAAGGGAGAAUGGCAGUCGGGACAGCAAGCUCCACCAUUGUCACAGAGAUGA